AUGGAAGGAAAGGGUUCCAGGAGACUUGUGCAAGCAGUACUCAUCGUCAUGGCUCAUGAUGAUGAUCGUGUUUUCGCCAGCACAAUUUGUACCGGAUUGUGUUUGAAAGCUUGUAAGAAGACGCUCCCAGACCCUCUCUACUACUGCAAUAUUCUUGGUUGCACAACUUCCAUCUGCACCAACCUCAGCCCUGAAAAGCUAGAUGGUUGUGCGAAUUUAUGCUCAGAAAACUGCUGA